AUGUUUCAAGUACGGUCGUCAGGCGGCAGCCUCGGGCGGACGAAGAAUAUAUUACAUUUCAUACAAGGAUUUAUUAUCUUCCUCGCAUGGGCCUUGACCAUCGCUAUCUGGACCAAAGGAGAUGGCAUAGAUGGGCGCACAGGCUGGUACUGGGGUCUGUGCUGGUUGAGUAUUCCCGGUCUGGUCUAUCUAGUAGCAGUGCCCAUGUGGCCACGAGCUCGACGCUUCGGUAACGUCUAUGCCUUCGCCUGUGUCGACAUCCUCUAUUCGAUUCUCUGGCUCAGUGCGUGGAUCUGUCUCGCUUCCUAUGUCGCCCAAGGAAAGUCCAAGGGCUCGACCACCGACGACGACAAGAAGACUACUACUAAGAGAGCCGAUGAUACGACUACCACCACCACCACCAACACUACCAAGACGGGAUGCGAUAAUUGGGCAUACGGCAGCGCUGACAAGUGCAAGCUGAGCGAGGCAACUACAAUUAUCGGUGUUUUCAUCUUCGUCCUCUUCGCCAUCACCUCCUGGAUGUCCUUCCGCAAUGUCACGCACUUCCGCCGCACCGGCACCCUCCCCGACGCCGUCUCUGAUCCCACCUUUGCCGCACAGAGCAAAGCCGCCUUCUCAUCGAACCCAGCCCAGGACUUCGAGGAGGAUGAGGACGACAUCCGCUCCGGCCGAGGCGGCAACAUGGGCAUAUCGACCCUCGGCGACCAGGACGAGGACUAUGCCCUCCUGCAUCAGAGCGAGGUGGAUGACCUAGGCAACGCACACGGCCGGACCGCGAUGCAAGGCUCCUACGAUCCCACCGCUACCGCCCCCGGAGGCGUCCUCCAUGAUUAUAACAGUACUGGUUACGGUGGUGCGCAUGGCCAGCACUAUGUGGAGCCAUCUAGUCAGUACGAGCCGUCUACUCAUUACAAUCCGUCGGAAUACACCCCGUCUGAGUACACCGCUCACACUGGGUUUGGUGGCUCAUCUAAGCAACACCGACCUUACAACCCCAAAGCCGAGACCUACGGUCUCUCCCACUCCAAAAAUGGCCACACUUUCACUCCCACAAUCCUCCGCACAAACACCCUCCCAAACAGCUGCAAUCAACGCCGAACUGGAAGAACUCAACCAACUACACCGCGCCCUAAUCAGUCUCGACCCCCGAACAUCCCACCCCCACCCCUGCCUGUAAACCCCAAGCGCAGCGCGCAGAUCAGCAAACUCCGCGACAGCGCCAACGCCGCCCACCGCAAAUCCAACUACGACGAGGCAAUCAAGCUAUACUCGUACGCCAUCGACAUGGCGCUGAGUCGGCCGGGCUGGGAGCCUAUAGGCGUUGCGCGCGAGGAGUUGUCCGGCCUUUAUGCGAACCGCGCACAGGCCCAUAUGGCAAUGCAGGCCUGGCCUGACGCGUUGGUUGAUGCCAAGGCUAGUGUUGACUCGAAGCCUAUUGGGAAUGUUAAGGCUUGGUGGCGGAUUGCUAAGUGUCUUGCGGAAAUGAGUCGCUAUGAGGAGGCGCGCAGGUUCUUGCAUAAGUCGCUUGAUAUUGAAGGGAAGGAUUCGGAGGGUGGGAAGGAGUUGUUUUCCUUGCUCGGGGAGGUUGAUAGGGCUUUGUUGCGGGGGUUGUCCGCUUAG